GACAACCUUCCUAGCCCGCGGGGCAGAACGCAUCAAAAUCUCGGCACACGCAGAGCGAGAGACCCCUUGAUGAAUGGUGGUGCUGGUGCUGUUGUUGUGUUGUUGUUGUGUUGUUGUUGUGUUGUUGUUGUUGUUUGUUAGGGGGUGGACCGGCCCCCUCCUUCACCCCCCCCCACCCCCAACCCAACUCACCCCUCGUACACGGAGCGGCCUUUCUCUCUCUGUGUGUGUCGCUCGGCUCAACUCUCGACCACCAACAACAACAACCACCACCACCAACAACAACAACCAACAACAACAACAACCACCACCACCUCCAUGGACUCGUCGCUGUCACCCAAAGCGCUGCUCAGGUCGGUGUCGGCGGCCGGGGUGGAGCUGACCCGCCGGGUGUGGCUCGGCGCUGCGGUACCACCACGACCGUUCCGCGUCUGCUGCGCCAACCGCGCCAACCGCAGGGGCGUGAUGGCCGCCAGCCUCGAGGAGCUACUCAGCAAGUCGUUGGACGUGCUGCCGCUCCCGGCGUCGGGCGCGGUGAAGGGCGCCGGCGCCGGCGGCGGUGCGGUGAGCGUGGUGCUGGAGGAGGACGGCACGCUGGUGGACACGGAGGAGUUCUUCGGCUCGCUGGACGACAACGCCACUCUGAUGCUGCUCGCCAAGGGCGACUCCUGGAGGCCGCCCAGGGGUCACUCCACGCUGGUGCUGGGCACGGGGCGACCCAAGAAAGGCCACGACAUUGCACGCAUAACCCUUGACCUGUACAAGAUGAGCCCGCGCGACCUGAUUGGCUGCCUCAACAUCAAGGCGACCUUCUACGGCAUGUACUCAAUGACCCUGGACUUCAAGUGCCUGGGAGCCAAGCGCAUCCUCACGGAGCUGCUGCGCGUGGUCGCCCACCUGAUGCAGGUGUCGGGUCGCCUGCUGCUGGGCACCGCCGGGUACCUGCGACAGACACUCGACACUGCCGAGUUCAACCUCCACCCCCUCGCCAAGUCCACCUACUGAGUCCACCGCUGGGCCACUCUCUCUCUGUCUCAUCCACUCGCUCACUCAGCCACUCGCUCGCUCAGCCACU